CGGACCAAACAAAAGAGGAGCAAACAGCUUUGUUUUAUUACAUUUACUUACUUUCUGUGUCCACGAUGUCUGAUGAAGAGGAGGACUAUAUGUCUGAUGCGUUCCUCAAUAAAAUUCAAGAUGUGAAGCCAGGAGUCAGCAUGGUGAGGAGGGUAAAGGAGGCGAUGAAAAGAGAGGAAAAACACAAAGAAAAGAACAUCCAGAACCGUCAGAAAACCUUCAAGGAGCAGGAGAACGAAAGCCGAGAAACAGCCCUGCAGACCUCCAUCAGCAAUGAGAACAAGGGCUUUGCACUUCUUCAGAAAAUGGGCUACAAAGCUGGUCAAGGCCUUGGAAAGGAGGGAGCAGGAAGGGUUGACCCAAUUCCACUCAAUAUUAAAGCAAACAGAGAGGGCUUUGGAAUGGAAGAGCUGAAGAAAAGAAAAGCUGAGGAGGAACUCAACGACUAUCGUCAGAAAGUUCGAGCCAAACAACAGAACGAGGCCAAGUCCCUGGAGGAUUUUAGGUCAAGAGUGAGGACGGAGAGAGACGAGCGAAAGGUUGAAGCCGACCUGAGGAGGAGUCAGAGAUCCUGCGAGCAGCUGGACAGUCAGAAGGGGAUCGCUGAACCCAGAGAGGCCUGGUACUGGCCCAAAGUCGAUGCUAAAGAUGAGGACGAUGAUGCUGAAGAAGAGGACGACGACGAAGAGGAGGAGGAGAUCAUGGAACUAACUCCCUUUGACAAACUGCAAAUUCUAACAUCCUAUUUGAGAGGAAUCCAUUUUUACUGCCUUUGGUGYGGGACUGCUUAUAACGAUGAAGAGGAUCUGUGCUCUAACUGUCCUGGAGACACGGCAGCAGAUCACGAAUGACACAGACAGAAAAAAAAGAAAGUUCUGUUAAAGUCAGACUCAGCAGGUUUUCUUAUACUCAGAAUUCAACACAAGAAAUUAAAUAAUGUUAUUUGAACAUUUUUUUUCCAUCACAAAUAAUGUCACUGUUUCUGUUUGUGGGUGUGUUUCAGUUUGUUAUGUUUUUAAAAUGUGUGCAACUGAAAUUACAUUGACAUAUUUAUAUUUUGACAACACGUGACAUCAUGUUACACAAUAUUUAAGUUUCAAAAAUGUAACAUUUUUAUUUGUUCAAUGCUGACUUUGAUUCCACUGUGCUCAACAGUGUGAGUUUUAUGUAAAAAUACUGUUGUGAAAUGCGUUUAAGAUAAAAAAAAGGACAUUUUUUAAGAACA